AUGGCAGCAGACAUCCCAAAAAAGCAAAAGCUCUCCUACGCAGCAGCUCUGACUGAGAUGUCUCCAAUUUCUUUUGCCAUCGCUGACCUGCCUUCGCCAUUCUUUGAAGAUGGGUUGAACUCUAUUCGCAUCUCUGAAGAACCUUUUCUACGCGGCCUCGAGAGAUGCAAAACCAACUUGAUUGGUCGAGUUAAUUCUCCUGUCACAACCCCAGAUCUUGUACAACAAUUGGGGCAACUAUGGUCGGGCUUAGAUCUCUGGACUGUGGCACCUCUUGGUAGGGGUUUUUUCAUGCUCCAGUUCAAAAACUUAGUUGAUAUGCAGCUCGUCUGGUCGUCGGGGACAGUACGACUAAACUCCGGCAUGCUCCGCUUGAUUAAAUGGUCACCUGAUUUCUCUCCAUCUACAUACAGAAAUACCUUCGCACAGGUAUGGGUGCGUUUUUGGGAUUUAGGUUUUGCCUACUGGGAUCAACAAACUCUUUUUGAAAUUGCAUCGGGCAUUGGUACGCCCCUGAAACUUGACCCCCAAACCAAGAACCGCACCGUGGGCUUGUUUGCCAGAAUUUUAGUAGAUGUUGACUUCUCACAGCCUCUUCAUGGCAAGCUCAGAAUCACUCGGGCCAAUGGUGAGGUUGUGGUGAUCGGAGUUGAAUAUGAAUCUGAACCUGAUGUCUGCACCCGGUGUGGAAUAGUUGGCCAUGUCGCUGUUACUUGCCGUUCUAAGGCUUCGGACGACACUGUGGUCGAUAUCCAAAAGGGGCGGGGAAGAUCAAUGCAGCGAUCGGAACUGAAGCCAAGGAGGAAUAAUCGAUCACACAAGUCACAACAUCACUCAAAGCAACGGGAUGCAACUAGGAGAUUAGUCAGUAAUCCUGUGGUUGCCACGCCACCGCUGGUAACCAUUGAAUCAAAUUUAAGGCAUGACGUUGACGAUAUGUUGGCUUCAUCUGUUUUGAAUAAUGUCGAUACUAUCACAGCAGCUCCAAUUAUCACUGCAGUUUCAACUUUCAUAGCUAUUCCAGCUAUGGUUGGUCUGGAGAUGGUUGAUGUGCCCGUGCAUCAUUCAGCUUCAAGCGAGAGUGUCCCACCUGGUUUUACUAGGAUGGAACCGGAUAUUGAAAUCCAACCUGCAAGCUCCACGUCAACUCCAGAAAUUUCUUCAGUUCCUCCACCUAUUAUCAUGGCCGACUCUAAUCUUAGUGACUGUCAGAUGGAAGUUAGAACUGAGAAUUUGGAGGAAGGAGAAUUCACACCCGUUCUCCAUAAGAAGUCGAAGAAACUGCUGAAGCAAAAUGAGAAAGCAAAAAUGAAAAUAAUCUCUCACAAACCUGCGGGACGUGCUCUCCUUCGCAAGGGAGCUACUCUCAAGCAUUUCUAA